UCACACACACACACACACCACUGCACACACAUUCUAAUCCUCUUUCUUUUCCUCCACUCGCCGCUUCAGCUUCUGAGGCAACUCUGACAUAAGUUACCCAAAAGUCAGUGAUAGGGGGGACCAACUGUGAACAGGUUAUGCAUACAUGUGACUGUGUGUGUUAGAGAGAGAGGGGGAGUCCACCAGUCAGCUCAGAGUGGUUAAUCUGUUUCACCCUCCCUCUAUGCCUUUUGUUGCGGCCCCUCACUUUUCCCCUGCUAGCCUGGAUAGAGGGAGCUGACACUGUGCCUGCCUGCUCUGGACUGGAUAUGGCGUAGAGACACCCUGACGCUACCCUGACUGGAUGUUCACCCUACGAGCUGAUACAACCACGGCGUCGGGACCUACCCUAGACAAAGACCAACGGGACAGCGUUUUUUCAAGAGUGGCAGAGCCCUCGGUGUCGGCGCCCCUGGGGUCAGUCCCAAUGGACCUGCGUGUGACGGAGCGUGUGAUGCGGCCGGGUUCGGACACGGCCCUGCACCCUCCUCUGCUCCACAGCCCCUUCUCCCACCAGCCCUGCACUACCUUCUCCCAGCACCAGCUGCAUCAGCACAUACGGUUUAACAUGGAACAACGAAGAAGUGAGCAGGAGAAACAGCAAGAGCUGCAGCAGCUGUGGCACAAGGACAAGAGCCAACAGAGUGCUGUGGCCAGUUCCCUGGUUAAGCAGAAGCUCCAGGAGGUGAUUCUGAAGAAGCAGAAACAACAAGCCCUGGGAAGAACCAGCUCCAACCCUCUCAGUGGUCCCCCUGUGGGCUACAGGUGAGAACUCUUU